AUGAGUUCGGUGCGUGCAGCUCUGCGGCCCUGUCUAGGGGUCUUUGCGCAUAGGUCGUUCGUUCCGAGCUCGGCUCCGAUUCGGCACGCUGCCUUCCUUGCACAGAAACGCAUUUGUGUACCCCAGUCCCGAUGGCCUUCUUCUACUCGGUCUGCAACAACCUCUGAGUCACCAGAGCCUGUUUCCACUCCAUACUCGGCAUUGACUGUAGGUGUCCCGCUGGAGAUAUAUCCGGGGGAACGCCGCGUCGCAAUCACUCCACAGAAUGUGGCUCUGUUGUUAAAGAAGGGGGUCGCACGCAUUCUCAUUGAGCGUGGUGCAGGCGAGGGUGCUCAGCUUCUAGACAAUGCCUACGAAAAAGCCGGCGCGACAAUGGUCGACCGCGACGCAAUUUGGGCUCAGAGUGAUAUCGUACUGAAGGUCCGCAGUCCACAGUCCGAGGGACCAUUCAAUGAAAUCCAGGCUCUGCGCAAAGGUUCAACCAUCAUCUCUUUCGUGUAUCCCCUUCAAAACAAGCCUCUUGUGGAAGCUCUCGCGGCUCGCGGUGUUACCUCUUUUGCAAUGGAUCGCGUCCCGCGUAUCUCCCGUGCACAGGUUUUCGAUGCCCUUAGCUCCAUGGCCAACAUUGCUGGAUACAAGGCGGUGCUGGAGGCGUCUAAUCACUUCGGUCGUUUCUUAACUGGUCAGGUUACUGCUGCUGGAAAGAUUCCUCCAAGUAAGGUUCUCGUCAUUGGUGCCGGCGUAGCUGGUUUAAGUGCAAUUGCUUCCGCGCGUCGCAUGGGCGCUAUCGUUCGUGGUUUUGAUACUCGCCCUGCUGUCCGUGAGCAGGUUCAAUCUCUAGGCGCUGAGUUCAUCGAGGUGGAUUUCCAGGAAGAUGGAUCUGGCCAAGGUGGCUAUGCCAAGGAGAUGUCUAAGGAAUUCAUCGAUGCAGAAAUGAAGCUGUUUAUGGAACAAGCUAAGGAUGUUGAUAUUAUCAUCACUACAGCAUUGAUUCCCGGCAAGCCGGCUCCAAAGCUCAUUACCAAGGAAAUGGUUGCUGCCAUGAAACCUGGUUCUGUUAUCGUUGAUCUUGCUGCAGAGGCAGGGGGCAAUUGCGAGGCUACAGUUCCUGGUGAACUAAGUCGCUACAAGGAUGUUACUGUCAUCGGCUACACGGAUCUUCCCUCUCGUCUUCCCACCCAGUCCUCGACACUGUACUCCAACAAUAUCACCAAGUACCUUCUCUCCAUGGCUCCCCAGGAUAAGUCGUUUGGAAUUGACUUCAAGGAUGAAGUUGUACGAGGCUCAAUCGUGACUCUGAACGGUGAAAUCAUCCCCCCUGCCGCCCCGCCUGCUCCCCCUCCAGCCCCAAAGCCCGAUGUUCAAGCUGCAGCCAAAAAAGAGGAAGUGGCCUUGACCCCAUGGCAGAAGACAACUCGUGAUGUGACUGCAGUCACUGGUGCUAUGGGUACCACACUCGCACUGGGUAAGGCCACCGGUCCCGCCUUCAUGGCUAACAUGAUGACCUUCGGUCUUGCUGGUCUGGUCGGCUACCGUGCAGUCUGGGGUGUCGCCCCUGCGCUCCACUCACCCCUGAUGAGUGUCACUAACGCGAUCUCUGGUAUGGUCGGAAUUGGUGGACUGUUCAUCAUGGGCGGUGGCUAUACGCCCACUACCAUUCCUGAAUAUCUAGGUGCUGCUUCGGUGCUCUUGGCAUUUGUGAACGUUUCCGGUGGCUUUGUUGUCACAAAGCGAAUGCUUGACAUGUUCAAACGCCCUACUGAUCCUCCCGAGUACCCCUGGCUGUAUGCUGUCCCUGCCGUGGUUUUCGGUGGUGGCUUCAUUGCCGCUGCUAGCACUGGCAUGGCUGGUUUAGUGCAAGCUGGUUAUCUAGUCAGCUCGUUGCUUUGCAUGGGUUCAAUCUCCAGCUUAGCCUCCCAGCAGACUGCCCGUCGGGGUAACAUCUUUGGAAUCCUCGGUGUUGUGUCCGGUAUUUUGGCGUCUUUGGCGGCAGUGGGCUUUUCCCCGGAAACCCUUACGCAGUUCUCCGCUGUUGCUGGCACUGGUGCUAUCGUUGGUGGCUUGAUCGGUCGUCGGAUCACACCGACCGGUCUUCCUCAGACUGUCGCUGCUCUCCACUCGGUCGUCGGAUUAGCUGCCGUCCUCACUAGUGCUGGAAGCGUGAUGGCUGACAUAGGUGAUAUCACAACCCUUCAUAUGACAACAGCUUACCUGGGCGUUCUCAUCGGUGGUGUCACUUUCACCGGCUCAAUUGUUGCAUUCUUGAAGCUGGCAGGUCGCAUGUCCUCCAAGCCCACAAUCCUACCUGGACGCCAUGUCGUCAACUCCACUCUUUUGGGUGGAAACAUUGCAACCAUGGGCACAUUCCUUACUAUGGCACCGGGAAGCCCUGCUAUCGCAGCCGCCUGUCUGGGUACCAGCACUGUACUCAGUUUCCUGAAAGGAUACACAACAACAGCCGCCAUCGGUGGUGCCGACAUGCCAGUUGUCAUCACUGUGCUGAAUGCUUACUCCGGAUUCGCUCUCGUGGCGGAAGGCCUAAUGCUCGAUAAUCCUCUCUUGACCAGUGUCGGAUCCCUGAUUGGAGUCAGUGGCUCCAUCCUUUCAUAUAUUAUGUGCGUCAAUAUGAACAGAUCUCUCACCAAUGUUCUUUUCGGUGGUAUCUCAAGCCCAGCGGCCGAGAGCCAGAAGAAGAUCGAGGGCGAGAUCACGCAAACUAGUAUCGACGAUACUGUGGAAUCGCUAUCCAGUGCCGAGAAUGUCAUCAUCGUCGUCGGCUAUGGAAUGGCCGUUGCAAAGGCCCAGUAUGCUCUUUCUGAGAUUGUUGGUCUUUUGCGCGCCCGUGGUGUCAACGUGAGAUUCGCCAUUCACCCCGUUGCUGGCAGAAUGCCUGGUCAAUGUAAUGUUCUGCUAGCUGAGGCAUCAGUGCCAUAUGAUAUCGUGUUGGAGAUGGAAGAAAUCAACGAAGAUUUCACAGACACCGAUGUCACGCUUGUCAUUGGCGCUAACGAUACCGUCAACCCUAUCGCUAUGGAACCCGACUCUGCCAUCUCCGGUAUGCCUGUUCUCCACGCGUGGAAGAGCAAGGAGGUCAUAGUUAUGAAGCGCGGCAUGUCCAGCGGAUAUGCGGACGUACCAAACCCGAUGUUCUUCAUGCCUGGUACUCGGAUGCUGUUUGGGGAUGCUAAGACUUCUUGUGAUGGUAAGAUUGACCCCAAAGUCUCUUGUGUGAAAGGUGUGCACUAA